ACUUCCAAAAACUCUCCUGUCCACUACCCACCCAUUAAAAUCUGCCACUCAAAAAUAUAUAUAAAUACCCUUGACUUUUUAUUAAACCUUGUUUUUUAUGCAAUAUUUGUGUCUUACCUUCCUUAAUAUUCAUUUAAUACAAAAGUUAAGAUCCAAACAUAGCAUUAUAGGUUACUUUUAUCUGUUUUUUGUUAGUUUCUUAGGUCCUAGGGGCAAAGUAUGCCUCAUUAGGGAGUUAUAUGCUUAUAUUAUAUGGUGUUUUCAAGCAUGGAAUGGAGUUCCAAGAAGAAAAGUAAGAUGGGAUUCUAUGAAGUGAAAAUGAAGGAGCUUGCAGGUUUGGUAUUCAGAACAUUCUGGAAUGUGGGUUGGGAAGAUCCAAGACGAGUGAUCCAUGCUUUUAAAGUUGGGUUGUCUUUGACAUUGGUUUCACUUUUGUAUUUGUUGGAACCUUUGUUCAAAGGCAUUGGACAAAAUGCUAUUUGGGCUGUCAUGACUGUUGUUGUUGUGCUUGAGUUUACUGCAGGAGCAACAUUAUGCAAGGGAUUGAACAGAGGACUUGGGACAGUCUUGGCAGGAUCAUUGGCAUUUUUCAUUGAGUUUGUGGCCAAUAAAUCUGGUCAUGUUUUUCGUGCUAUCUUCAUUGCAUUAGCAGUUUUUUUGAUUGGAACCGCUGCUACUUAUAUAAGAUUUUUCCCUUACAUAAAGAAGAAUUAUGAUUAUGGAGUGGUGAUAUUCUUGCUGACAUUUAACUUAAUCACGGUCUCUAGUUACCGUGUUGAUGAUGUUCUGCAUAUAGCACAACAACGGCUCUAUACCAUUGCCAUCGGCUGUGGGAUCUGCCUCUUGAUGAGUUUCUUAGUUUUCCCACAUUGGUCAGGGGAAGAUCUACACAAUUCUACUGUCUCCAAACUUGAAGGCCUUGCUACGUUUAUUGAAGCAUGUGUUCAACAGUACUUCAGUGACUCUAAUUCAGAAGCUGAAGAAGACAAUUUGGCUGAUGAUCCCAUCUACAAGGAAAUUUUAGAUUCAAAAUCUGCAGAUGAGGCUCUGGCAUUAUAUGCAAGCUGGGAGCUGCGCGCAUCAAGGCACGGCUUCACCUUCCCAUGGAAACAAUAUGUUAAGGUCGGAGCAGCUCUUCGCCAUUUUGGCUACACUAUUGUUUCCCUUCAUGGCUGUUUGCAGACUGAAAUACAGACGCCAAAAGCAGUUCGUGCACUGUUUAAAGACCCCUGCAUCAGGCUUGCAGCAGAAGUGUCAAAAGUUCUAAGAGAACUUGCACGCAGCAUAAAAACUAGACGCCAUUGCUCGCCAUCUAUCCUCUCCGAUCACCUCCAUGAAACGUUAAAAGACCUAGACACCGCCUUAAAAUCCCAACCGCGGCUCUUUCUUAAUCCUACCCUUGACAAUAACAACAGUACUCCUGCCCCACCACCCAACUUUCUGGCCUUAGCAGCUGCUGCUGCUGCCAACAAUGGCCUAAAAAACCCACCUACAACCGCCCCAACAAAUGCUUAUAUACCCCAUUUCAAAACCGACUCUUCUGCCUUACAAGAGUGGAAGAAAAAGCGCGAUCAGAAGACUAAUACUGCUGCUGCUGCAGAGAUGUUAACAGCUAAGGAGAAGGAAGGUGUUGGAGACAGAAGAUUGUUGAGGCCUACAUUGAGCAAGAUUGCUAUCACAAGCUUGGAGUUUGCCGAGGCUCUUCCAUUCGCAGCGUUUGCAUCGUUGCUUGUGGAGACGGUUGCUAGGUUGGAUCGUGUGAUUGAGGAGGUAGAGGAGCUUGGAAGCAUAGCUCAUUUUAAGGAGUUUAGGCCAGGGGAUGACAUUCUUGUUAGGUGUGAUGAUGAUGAUAAACCUAUUAGUAAUGGAUUGCAGAAUCAUCUGCCUUCUCAUGGAUGUGAUUGAAUUGAAAAAAAGUAAUUUGUGACCAGUUAAACUUACUUUAUAUCAAUUUAUUCUUGGUUUAUGUGGGGUUUGCUGAAUGUGUAUGUUCAUCAUUUUCUGUAUUGAAGCACCAAAAUACAAAAAAAAUUCAGAAGGGCCCAACCGGGUUCGAACCGGUGACCUAUUGAUCUGCAGUCAAUUGCUCUACCACUGAGCUAUGGACCCACUUUUGAAAUUGGAUUAAUAU